GAAGGUUAAUAAGUUAGAGAUGCUCUGUUCUGAAAUCCAAUCCAAACUAGGUUCAGCAUAUGGUCAAUCCUGCAAUAUUCAGUAUAAGAGUGUAGCUGAAACAAGACUAUUGCUCUAUAGAUUAAUUUAUGAAAAGGCUAAAUUGCAGUUGAUGCAAGUGAAGCGUGAAAGAUUGCUGGUAUUUGCUUUUCUUUAUCUCUUUUUUUGGGGAGGGGGGUUCUGCUCAAAUGUGUAUUCUUUAUCACCUUCCUACAUCCCUCAAUUAGAAUCAGGUACAGUUACUGAGAACUGGAGUUCGGGAGUCUCAAAUGUUGAAGUUAAAUUAUGUCAAGCAUCCAUCUGUGUCAGCUGGAAGAGACACUCAACUUGACAAUAAUACAUGUUCAGUUAGAUCUGGAGAGAACCUUGAGGGAACCAAUGAUAAAGUUAGGACAAUGAAGCAUGAGGCUGAUGCUCUGGAGAAGAAGAUAAACAAUUUAACCAAGUCUCUUUGCCCUCACUUCAAGAUAAAAGGAGAACUGAGUUGUGCGGAUACUAUUGAUUUGCUUAAUGAUCAUCUAAAGAAGAGAACUUGUUGGGGAUAUAUACGCCAGGAUAUGCAGUUGUGGGAGGUUGAUGUUCUGCAGAAUAGGAAUGGCUAUCAUAAUGUUAUUCUCAACUACCAUGAGUUCUUAUCUCAAAGUCUUACAUUAGACACCAGUCCAAAUUCAAGCAUUUUUGUUGGAAACAAAUUGAACGAUAUAAACAUCAGUAAGAACUUCCCAAACAUGGAUGCUUGUUCUGCAUUUGCUUUUGUCUUUAACCAUGAAUACACUAAGAAAUAUGUUGGGCCCAAAUGUCUGGCGCAAGAAACACAAAGGACCAGUUCACUUUUACGAAAUCUGCUUGAUGUUAUUGAGGAAGUACAGAUAGCACGGUUAGAAAUUAGGGGUCUGAUUCUUACUAGCUUCCGUUCUCCAUCUGCUAAGCAGCUGGAUUUGCAGCUUGCUUUCAUUGAUUUUGAGAGUGGUGUAAAGCUGAUAAUGUCUCUCGACUUGACAUGUUUGAACUGUGGGGUUUAUCCUUCAGAGAUCCUUCCCCAUCAUUUCCAGACUUCCUCCACUAGGACAGACGACUUACACUGUCCACUCUCAAUUGAAAUAAAAGCUGCAAUCAGUAAUCUUAGAGCUGGGUACUCAAGGAUAAUAAGGCUCUGUAGGUGUGUUACCCAGGUGCUGCAAUCUUCAGGCAGGUGAUUGGGGUUUUUUAUUUAACAUCUUAAAGAAGAGAGAAAGGGCACCUACAAUUCGUCGUUCUCUCUUUGUUGCUUGAUUGAGCAUUAUAUCCUUUUUUUUGUAAGCUGCACUACAAGGUGACAGACUUGCUCCAACAUCUUCAGAAACGGUAGAUGCAUUUCUUUGUCAUAUUUGUUGACCACUUUUUUUGUGGUUCCGUAAAUGUUUAUUGCAGUCCCUUAAAGUAGCCAAUUUACACGAAUGCUGUGACUUUGAACCGAAAUUGCACUCUAUGUAGUAACACACGUCUUUUUCCUUUUUUGGCCGCUCA